CUGGACCCGGAAGUGGGACUGUUGUUGUCAUUUUCCAGCUGUAAGAAACUGCAGGGGCAACCAUGAAUGUGGUCCUCGCAGUCAAGCAAUAUGUGUCCAAAAUGAUAGAGGACAGCGGGCCUGGGAUGAAGGUCCUGCUGAUGGACAAGGAGACGACCAGCGUGGUCAGUAUGGUGUACACCCAGUCCGAGAUCCUGCAGAAAGAAGUCUAUCUUUUUGAACAUAUAGAUUCCGCCAACCGAGAGAGCAUGAAGCAUCUGAAGGCCAUUUGUUUUCUGCGACCAACUAAGGAAAACGUCGAGUACUUGAUCAAGGAGCUUCGCAGACCAAAAUACAGCGUCUAUUUCCUCUAUUUUAGCAACGUUAUCAGCAAGAGUGACGUUAAGUCCUUGGCGGAAGCCGACGAGCAGGAGGUGGUUUCCGAAGUACAGGAAUUCUACGGGGAUUAUAUCGCUGUGAACCCUCACUUGUUUUCCCUGAACCUUGUGGGCUGUUAUCAGGGACGGAAUUGGGAUCCCUUUCAUCUGUCGAGGACCACGCAAGGUCUGACUGCGCUCCUUCUGUCUCUGAAGAAGUGUCCCAUGAUCCGAUAUCAGCUGUCUUCAGACAUGGCCAAGAGGCUGGCAGAAGGAGUUAAGCAAGUGAUCACGAAGGAAUAUGAGCUGUUUGAUUUCCGUCGGACGGAGGUCCCGCCGCUACUGCUGAUUCUGGAUCGUUCCGAUGAUGCCAUCACGCCGCUCUUGAACCAGUGGACAUACCAAGCCAUGGUUCACGAGCUCCUGGGCAUCAACAAUAACCGCAUCGACCUGUCCCGCGUGCCGGGCAUUAGCCGGGAUCUCAAAGAAGUGGUGCUGUCUGCAGAGAACGAUGAGUUCUAUGCCAACAACAUGUACCUGAACUUUGGGGAGAUUGGCACCAACAUCAAGAACCUGAUGGAGGACUUUCAGAGGAAGAAACCCAAGGGCCAGCAGAAACUGGAGUCCAUCUCAGAUAUGAAGGCUUUCGUGGAGAAUUACCCCCAGUUUAAGAAGAUGUCGGGCACAGUGUCGAAGCACGUGACGGUGGUGGGCGAGCUGUCCCGUCUGGUCAGCGAACGGCAUCUUAUGGAGGUGUCCGAGGUUGAACAGGAACUGGCCUCUCAAAAUGACCAUUCCAACGCGCUACAGAAUGUGAAACGUCUCCUGCAGAACCAGCGGUUAUCUGAGCUUGACGCCACCCGACUCGUCAUGCUGUACGCUCUACACUACGACAGACACAGCAGCAAUGGUCUUCAGGGUCUCAUGUCCGACCUCAGAAACCGCGGCGUGUCUGAGAAGCACCGCAGGCUGGUGUCCGCGGUGGUGGAAUUCGGUGGAAAGAGAAUAAGAGGAAAUGAACUCUUCAGUCCGAAGGACGCCGUAGCAAUCACCAAGCAGUUUUUCAAGGGUUUGAAGGGCGUGGAGAACGUGUACACUCAGCACCAGCCAUUCCUCCUCGACACCUUGGAUCAGCUCAUCAAGGGGAAAUUGAAAGACAAUCUGUAUCCAUAUGUGGGACCCAGCACGCUCCGGGACAGGCCUCAAGACAUCAUCGUGUUUAUGAUCGGAGGGGCCACGUAUGAGGAAGCUCUCACAGUCUAUAACCUCAACCGGGUAACGCCUGGGGUCCGAAUCGUGUUAGGCGGGACGACCAUCCACAAUACCAAGAGUUUUCUGGAGGAAGUCCAAGCUGCAGGAUUCCAGAGCCGAGCUUCGGAAGGUCCGCAGGGAGCGCCGAGGUCAUCGGUCAGACGAUGAAGGCAGAAUGACACAGUAGGGUCUGCGUCUCCUGACCCUCCCUCCCGCAGUGGGGUCUGCAACGGAUCAUCACUUCAUGUCUGAGCCAUUAACUUCCCCCUCUGCCCGUCUGCUUCCCAUUAACAAUGUCUGGGUUUCCAUUAAGAAACUAGUUCCCCACCAGUAUGUAGUCUUUUACCUACACAAAUGGUUCACGGAUCAAAACUGACAACCCCCAGCACUACAUCAACAUCUUUUCUGUAUUUAAGAUUUUUUUUUUUACUUUGAGACGUCUCUGUAUUUAGUAAAAUAAAUUAUCUGUGCGUUCCAUU